GGGAGCUACGGGUUUCCACUGAGUGACAGAGAGAUUUAGCUAGGUCUUCUGCCAGGAUCCAUGAGAUUUUCUGCGAUUUUAGAGAAGGAUGAACAGGGAGAGAGAUACAUAACGAAAAGCAUGCGUAUGUGCAUUCGUUAGGGUCAAGGGCUUACGCACAGAGUCGGUGAGGAGGGGAUGGGUGAGGGAGGAAUGGCAGGAUCCAACACAACCAUACACAUCAAACCAUCCAUUCACGCAGCAGCCACCAAACAAACCAUUAGUGAGCUCAAACAUACACACUUUUUUUCAGAAACAAAGAGUAUCAACCACUGGAAUCUGGAUUUCCUAGCAGCAGGGAGUGCUGAUGUAUCUGAGAACCAUCCUCUUUUCCUUCUUCCGCUUCUUCCUGUGCAUUCCAGUUUGACUGUCUGUCAUAAAAAAGAAAGUUGGAUCGAUUGCUGGAGCACUUGGCCCUUUGACUUUUGAGGUAUAUUAAUUAACACUGGUUUCAUAACAGUUCUUACAUUUUUUUUUUUUUUUCACAUUAGGAUUAGAUUUAGCUAUCUAAUUAUAGCGUCCUUUUCAUAUAUAUAUAUGACCGCGAUAACAGUAGAAUUUGAAUAUAUAUAUGACUGCAAUAACAGUACAAUGUGUGAUUGUUACGUCUUAAGUUAGUGUGAUGUAACAAAUAUUCAUGCCAUCAAACCUAAACUGAAACAUAAUAAUAAAACGCAGUUGUUUGCAGUUAAACAAGAACAUCGUAAAUAAACAUGUUGUGCGACGACCGAUUCCAAAACACAUUUUAACAGCUUUAUCCGGCUGAUAAUUCAUAACAUUGUCAAGUAUAAAAGACUGGUCGUCAGUUAAACCCUUCUCAGAUUUACCCUUUCUUUGUUGCACUUUCAUGGAUUUAAUCCAUUCCACCAUCACAGUUUUUGUUACUUUUACAGUUUCCCCAUGCUUUCUGGAAUGUGUUUUCAAUCUUAAUAAUAUCUGCUCUGUUGCUUCGAAUUAUCAGUGGUUUCAGUUAUUCGCUUUCUUUUCUUCUUGGAAAGCAUGACUGUGAAGUUUUAUCACUGAGUUUCACAGACAAACAUAUUAAACUUUUCAAAUAGCCUUUAAAUUUACCCUAUAUAUUUUUCCUUUUCUUUUUCUGACACAUGUUCCCAUGCUGACAAACAAAGUAUAAUAAUAUGUAUGAUGCCUUAAUAUGGUGGAUUACCUUAGCUGCUAAUGUUCCGUCACUGCCUUGCUUUAUGCGUGAUCGAACUAAUUUACUUUUGAAUACAUGCUUUUUUAGAUCUUAUUUUUAUUACAAUGUUGUUACUGUGAUCUCUACUGGUUCUUUAAAUGGUUUGGUUUUUCAAUCAGUUAACACUUUUUUUUUAAAUUGAAACAACAUUAUAGUUCUAAGCAUAAUCAUCUGAUUAGUCUCCCCUUUGGCAUAAUUUCUCGAAACCAUUUUCUUUGUGCCAUUUGUAGAAAGAUGGGUCUCUUUCAAAUAAAAUUUACAACAUUUGGUUUAGGAAUUGCAAAGAGAAAUAAAGAAUCUCCGACCAAAUUGUGCAAGAAUUUAGUCGGGAUUUGAGGGUUUUAGUUCAGGGUUUGUUUUUUCCAAUUUACACACACACAGAGAUAGAACAAAGGUGAGCGAGAGAAGGGAGGAUUUUAUGCAAGGGUUAAAGCGUAGGGGUAAGGAAAGGGUAAGGACGCAUAAUCAAUUUGACUGCACGUGUAAUUCAUAAAUUGAUAGUGUCUGAAUGAGUUUUGGCAAGUAUAUAUACUUAAUGACCAAGUGUUUCUAAAUAUUAAACUAAUGGAAUUUGGAUGCCAUCGUUUCUAUUUAUGAUACAUAUAACUAAAAUGCAUCGGUUUUGGUUCGAGUAUCAUGUAGAGAAUUUCUUGCUAAUUGAACAUGUUUGGUUUUGAGUUUCUGGAUAUAAAAUUUACUAUAAAAGGCUCUAUCUCUUUGAAAUUUUGACCAUUAUUUUUCUGAUCAAAAUAGAGAACUUUGAUUGUUCUAUUAUACAUGACCUAUAUUUUUCACAUUGUUGAAUUAUUUAUACUAUUAAGGAUGAUUAAUAUGAUUAUCAUCAAAAUUAUGGUAUGUUUUAUUGUUUGUCCCAUUUGUAUGUAAAUUCAGCGAAUUGGGGAAAUUUUCGGGUCUGUGAAUUCAAUGAAUUGCCUAGAUGGACCCAUAAUUAAUGCAGUAAUAGUUGAUUUCAUUUUGGAAAAACUGUUGUUGGCCAAAGACAGGUUAUGAUGUCCCAUUUUGUAUGAACUAUAUGUCAAUGAUGAUAGAUUGUAAGGUAAUUGAGGUUUCUGCAAACAAUAACUAUUAAUACAAAAGGAUGAACCGAUGCCGGGUGUACUGUUAAUUAUGUAUAAGACAUUCUUUUUGUGAUGUUGGAACCCACAAUUGGGAUGCAUUUAAACUUAAAGUAUUAUAUAUAUGGGUGAUUUUGUUCUUUUUCAUUUCUUUCAUAUGCACGCCUACAUGAAAAACAUUAUGGUCACGUUUCUUAAACUA